AUGGAUGAUGCAGCAACAAAGAAGGCGUACAUCAUCGCCAUCGUCGUGCAGAUAAUCCUGGCGGGGAUGUCGGUGAUAUCCAAGGCGGCAUUCGACGCAGGGCUGAGCACCUUCAUCUUCGUCUUCUACCGCCAGGCGGCCGGCUCCAUCCUCAUGCUGCCUCUUGCCCUCAUUCUCCAAAGGAAGAAUGCACGUUCAAUGCCGUUUGGGUGGCUGCUGAAGCUCUUCCUGUGUGCCUUAGUGGGUAACACACUGAGCUUGAGCCUGUACAAUGUAAGCCUCAAGUUCACAUCUGCAACCGUGGCUGCAGCAGCAGGCAACUCCAUGCCUGUCUUCACCUUCUGCUUGGCGCUGCUACUCAGGAUGGAGGUGGUGAAGCCGAGGAGCGCCUCCGGCAUAGCUAAGCUCACCGGUGUGGCCCUCUGCCUUGCCGGCGUCUUCGUCAUUGCCUUCUACUCCGGCCCAGCGCUUAGCCCUGUCAACCAUCACCGCGCCUUCACCGCCAACGCUUCGGCCUCCGCCGGCAGUGUGAAUACCUCGUCAUCAAACAGUAGAUGGAUCGAAGGGACGUUUCUCAUGGUCCUCGCCAACGUGGCAUGGUCCCUGUCCAUCGUCUGGCAGGCUGCGCUGCUGGAGGAGGUGCCCAACAGGAUGCUGGUGGCCACGGCGCUCUGCGUGUUCAGCGCCGUGCAAUCGUUCGUCGUCGCAGUGGCGGCCGAGAGGGACCUGUCCAGGUGGCGACUCCAUCUCGACGCCAGCCUGCUCUCCGUCGUCUAUGCUGGGUUCGUGGUGACAGGAGUCACCUACUACCUUCAAGCAUGGUGCGUGGUGAUCAAAGGCCCCGUCUUCUUUGCUGUCUGGACACCUCUAUGCUUUGUCCUCACAAUAUUCAGUUCGUCCUUCUUCUUGGGAGAAAUCGUUCGCCUCGGCAGCGUUGUUGGUGGAAUCCUGCUAGUUGGAGGCCUUUACAGCGUGCUGUGGGGUAAAAACAAGGAGAGUAAGGUUGCGGCGUCCAGUAGUGAGGUGAACAUGACGGCCGAUUGCACACUAGAUGUAGAUGACGAGGAGCACAAGAAACCAAACAAGUACGGGCUGGAGGAAGCAACUUCGUCCGCUUUAGCAGGUGAACAAGUCUGA